AUGAACUCUCAUGCCAAACAACGUCGUCCUCACUCUCUUCUCUUCUCUUCUCUAGACACUCAAUUUUCCUUCCCUCAGAGGAAAGCAUUCAUUGUUAAUGUGCAUCAAUCACAAUAUCAUUUGAUCAUUUAAUACAAAUGGCUGAAGCUGGUAGCUCUCAGACGGAGACAACGACCAAACCUCCUCAACUUAUAUACCGGUGUAAGAAAUGCAGAAGAAUUGUUGCUUCAGUGGAAAAUAUAGUUUCCCAUGAGCACGGGAAAGGAGAAUCAAGCUUCAAGUGGAAAAAGAGAAGCAGUCAAUCCUGGGAAACGGAAAAGCAAUCAGUUGAUUGCACCUCAGUAUUUGUUGAGCCCAUGAAAUGGAUGCAAGCAGUACACGAAGGUCAUGUGGAGGAUAAACUUCUCUGUAUGGGUUGUAAUGCUCGUUUGGGUAACUUCAACUGGGCCGGUAUGCAGUGCAGCUGUGGAGCCUGGGUUAACCCUGCGUUUCAGCUGCAUAAAAGCCGAUUAGAUGAGUGCAAUAUGUAAACCAAUCACCUUGCAUUCCUAGAAGACCAGAGCUAGAAAAAUUUUAGGUUAUCCUUUUUGUGAACAAAAGACAUAUGGCAGCUUAGCUUGGAAGAUUGCAUUGUACAACUUCAUGCUAGUUUUUGAAUGAAACAUACAGUAAAUGGUUCUUAUCAUACUAAUCUGCAAUAUAAGUUCCUCUUUUUUUUCCUUC